GAGAGAGAGAGAGAGAGAGAGAACAGAAAAUGAUUCGCCCAAAGAUGAUGUUGGUUACGCUGACGCCCUCUUACACUGGCCAACGUUCAUCCCUAGGCUAAACCUGUACAAAACUAAAUACUACGGAAUUCAACCCGACUGGACAUUUAUCUAGUUCAGAAAACUUGAACAAUGAGCAGCCGGCGGCGACGAUGCAAACGUCAGUUGAUCAAGUUCACUCAGCACAUUGCUCGAUUGAUCUCAGGAACUCUGAAAUCAGAUAAUGAGGACGAAGAGCUGGAGAGCACGACGGAACGGUACCAACCAGAAAAUCUGGAACAACUGCAGUCACAGACCCAUUUUUCCAGACAAGAGUUACAGCUACUCUAUAGAGGAUUUAAGAAUGAAUGUCCAAGUGGAGUUGUGAAUGAGGACACAUUUAAAAACAUCUAUGCUUUGUUCUUCCCAAUGGGAGAUUCAGCAAAAUAUGCAUAUUUUCUCUUUAAUGCUUUUGAUAAAGAUCAAAAUGGCUCACUUAGUUUUGAGGAGUUAGUUUGUGAUCUCUCUGUUCUGUUGAGGGGCACUACUGAGGAGAAACUGAAUUGGGCUUUCAAUCUGUAUGACAUCAACAAAGAUGGACACAUUACUAAAGAGGAAAUGUUUGAUACAUUAAAGUCUAUUUAUGACUUAAUGGGGAAAUCUAUCCAUCCCCGGCUUAAAGAUGAGGCAGUACGGCAACACGUCAGAAUGUUCUUCCAAAAGAUGGACAUAAACCAGGAUGGUGUAGUUACUAUUGAUGAAUUCAUUGACUGCUGCCAGAAAGAUGAAAAUAUCAUGCAGUCUCUUAAGAUUUUUGACAAUGCGGUCUGAACAGCAGCCAGGAAUUCCACCAUCAGAAAUUGGAUUGACUUCAGACAAGAACACUCAUUGGAUGUCAGUUUUGUAAAGUGAUGAACAGCUAUUGUGGCCCAUUCUAGACUAUUCAAGACUGCUCAUUAAUGUUUUGGAUAUUUAUGUUGAUAUAUUUAUGAAAAACUUUAAUUACUGUCAUUCCCCAAAGGUCAUAUGUAAUUUAGAACUGACUAGUGAAUGUAUGUACAGUAUAUUUGUAGAAGUUUGAAAUGUUUACUUGAUGCAAAUAAAUAUGUGUUAGAACAGCAGCUGCAGAUCUGUGAUCUAAAAUGUGUUAGAUCUACAUUUCAAACUGGAACUCGCUCUAGCCUUGAAAUUUACCCCCUUGACUCCUUGUAGUUUCAGAAAUUAGGGUCAAGUUAGACUAUGACCAGAAAUCCUUAUAAAACAAGAUUAGUCACAAUGUCAUGUCCCACAUCUUGACAGGUUUAUGAAUGGCUUCUUAUGUGUCCCAUUUUUUUCAUGGUCAUGUCUUCACCAUAAACCAGUUUUAAUUCAUAAUUAUCACUCAUAGUAGGCUACUAUAAAAUCCAGCAAUAAGAAUGUAAUACUUGCCAGUGAUAGUGAAACCUAUCUUUUGAUCUUUUUCUUUCUUUCUUUUUAAAAGCCAGACCUAAAUGAAUGCCGAUACAUUGCAAACUUUAAAUCGACGGCUCAUUUCUUUAUUCUGACAUUUUGUGGUCCAUGUAUGGGAUCAGUUUCAUUGUAUUAAACAUCAAUUUAUGAAUUCUAUGUAAUUAUAGAUGACAAAUGAUUUCUACAAAAAGGAUGUAUUUUUCUUGUGUAAAGAUUUAAAAAUUUUAAAUUUGUGAUCAAAUUAUGGUCUCCCCUAUAUUUGCUACCAUUGUGACAACAAAAUGAUCGUUUUAAUGAUUUUAUAAUGUCUGACUGCAUCAGUUUUUUUAGUUUAACCCUCAGUGUUUUCCUUAUUGAUUUCUGUAUAUCAUGUAGUCACCUAUCUAUUUACUGUUAGUAAGUCAACAUGUGUUUUAAAAGAUGAACAGUUGCAAUCAGAUUGUUAACAUAUAGUAACAGAAAUCUGAGUUCUCUUAGAAACAGGUCAUAUAUGGUCAUAAAUAAAUGUGAUUAACACUGAGCUCAAUUAAGUAAAAGCAGUAAAUAAUUAAUUAUUGUGACAUAUUCUAGUUCAAGUAUUUGAUAUUGUGAUAACUUUACCCUCAAGGAAUGCCACGUUUUACAGAAUAUUCCUGAUAUAGAUAAAAACUCUCUUUUUUUCAUCUGCAGUUAUCUGUAUUGAGACAU